UCUUUUAUGGUUACAUAAAUAGUAUUAUUAAAAAUGAUACUUUCUCAGAAAUUAUUUUGAGAUAAAUUUUAAUAUUCAGAUUAUAUACAAGCUCCUCACUACUAAUAAGUAUGAUUCUAUAAUAAUGAAUGUAAUUCAAAGAGGUAAGAUAGAAAACAAAGUAUAUUGGCGCAUUGAGCUCAAUAUCGCCACAAAAUGUUGUGUCUUUGAACGUAUUUGAAAUAAAUCUGAACAAUUUACUCAAAUAAUAUGAAGUAUAUUACAUUUAAUUAUUCCAAAUCGACAUUACUUAUUUGGAACUGUCGUAUUUUUCAACAUAUCAUUCGUCAUGCUUCCAGUGGUUUAGGAUUAUGGGAUUUAAAUAUUGAUAAUGAUAUUAGACUUAAAAUUGAAGAUUAUUGGAAAGACAAAAUAUUUAUGAAAAGAGUUGAAGAUAAUUCAACAAACAAUGAAAAUAAAUAUUAUGUUCUAUCAAUGUUUCCAUAUCCAUCAGGAUCUCUACACAUGGGUCACGUAAGGGUGUAUGCAAUAAGUGAUGCUGUAUCAAGAUUCCAUAGAAUGCAUGGAAAAAAUGUUAUCCACCCUAUGGGUUGGGAUGCUUUUGGUUUACCAGCUGAAAAUGCUGCUCUAGAACGAAAUAUUGAUCCACACGAGUGGACAGCUAAGAAUAUCUCCAACAUGAAAAAUCAAUUGCAUUUAAUGGGUUGUGAUUUCGAUUGGGAUCGAGAAUUAACAACUUGUGAUCCAAGCUAUUAUCGGUGGACUCAAGAAUUAUUCCUAAAACUUUAUGAUCGUAGAUUAGCAUAUCAAAAAGAAGCUUUCGUAAAUUGGGAUCCAAUCGACAAAACAGUUUUGGCUGAUGAACAGGUCGAUCAAAAUGGAAAAUCUUGGAGAUCACAUGCUAAAGUAGAAAAAAAAUUAUUUAAACAAUGGUUUAUUAAAACUACUGCUUUUGCAAAAUCUCUUCUAGAUGGUCUCAAUGACCCUCUUCUUCAAGAAUGGCGAGAUGUAAUUAAAAUUCAAAAACACUGGAUUGGUGAAUGUAAUGGAAUAUCAAUUGAAUUUCAACUAAUUAGUGAUCUUCCUGAAAAACCGCAAACUCUUAAUCUCUGGACUGAUAGACCGGAAUUGAUAGAACAUGCAAAAUUCGUAGCUGUUUCAAAAUCUAACUUUCUAGCUACAUCAAAAAUAAAAGAUUUUAAUGAAAUUUCCAGUCAGUAUUUAAAUGCUCAAGUUAUCAAUCCAUUUAAUAAUAAAAAAUUACCCAUCUAUUAUAUAAAUUCUAUUGAAUUUUCAAGACUUCGUGAUAAUUAUUUAGGGAUUCCUUGCAUUUCUGAAAGUGAUGCUGAAUUUUGUAAAUCGAACAAUAUUCAUUUUGAUUAUGUAGAUUAUAUUAAUGAUGAAAAAAAAAUGAAUAAAAAACGUUUCCAAGUGAUGAAAGAAGCUCAAAUGAAAGGUAUUGGUGGAUUUCCUGUCAGUUCAACAUUAAAAGAUUGGUUAAUUUCUCGCCAAAGAUAUUGGGGAACUCCUAUUCCUAUAAUACAUUGUGAAAACUGUGGUACAAUUCCAGUUCCAAGAGAUCAAUUACCUGUACUAUUACCUAAACAAAUUAAUUGCAAUUCUAAAAUUCCUAAUCUUCGAGAAGCACUUGAAUGGUUAAAAACUUCAUGUCCUAAAUGUAAUAGUGAAGCAGUUAGAGAGGCUGAUACAAUGGAUACAUUUGUUGACAGUUCAUGGUAUUUCAUGAGAUAUAUUGAUUCAAAUAAUACCAAAGAAAUGUUCUCUAAAAAAAAAGCUGCAAAGUAUUUACCUGUAGAUUUAUAUAUAGGUGGAAAAGAGCACGCAGCUCUUCAUUUAUAUUAUGCACGAUUUAUUAAUCACUUUCUUCACUCUGAAGGUCUUUUGCCAACACGAGAACCAUUUAUUCAGCUGUUAGUCCAAGGAAUGGUAAUGGGAAAAAGUUUUCGUGUGAAAAGUAGUGGAAAAUAUUUAAAACUCAAUGAAAUCGAACAAUGUGGAACAAAUUUUGUUGAAAAAAAAACAAACAAUCCAGUUGUAGUUGCCUGGGAAAAAAUGUCAAAAUCUAAAUAUAACGGAACUGAUCCAAUAAAUAUGUUUAAUGAAUAUGGUUCAGAUACUACCAGACUCAUUAUGCUUGCAGACUUUGCACCUACGUCGCCUAGAAAUUGGACAGAUGAAACUUUUCAGGGAAUUUUCAAUUGGCAACAACGUUUAUGGUUAUCAAUUCGUCAUUUUAUAAAAAAUCGACAAAAAGUGUUAGAAAAUGAACCAGAAAAAAUCAACGAUUUAGAAUCAAUAAAGAAAGAUGACUUAUACCUAUAUGAUUCUAGAAAUUAUUAUAUAAAAGGUGUAACAUUUAACAUGAUUGGAUCACAACAAUUGAGUGUCGCUAUCUCUAAAAUGCAAGGAUUAACGAAUAGUUUGAGAAAAAUAUCUUUACGAUGUUUAAUAUCGAGUCCAGAGUUUGAACGUACUUUAGCAACACAAAUUAUCAUGCUUGCUCCUAUAGCUCCACGUUUUGCUUCAGAAUUAUGGAGUGGAUUUUGCUCAGCUCCAUACUUUUUAAUAGAUAAUGAUCCAUUCAUGAAUAGAGAAAAAGAUGUUCUUGAACAAAGAUGGCCAGAAGUUGAUAUGAAUUACAAGCUUAAUUUGCAUAUUCGUAUUGGUACACAAGAAGUGGAUAAAAUUAAAGUCUCACGAUACAUUUUAGAGCAAAUUUCUGUUAAAGAAGCUACAGAUUUUGCUCAUAAGUCGGAUAAAUUUCGAAAUAUUAUAAAAAAACAUAAAAUAAUUGAUGUUCAAUUUUUAUCUAAACCAGGUGGUGAUGCAAUUAUACAAUUUAAAUCUGAAAAACUACCCAGUCCAAAUUUAAAAAAUGAAGAAAGUAUAUAAAUAUAUAAAUCAUCCUUUUUAUUGUAAAUAAAAAGUACGUUUUUAUAAUGUAUCUGCAAAUAAUUUAUUUAUGUAAAAAAACAUACAUAUAUACGAUAAAUCAAUCAGCUGUAAAACCUACUAAAAACAUUUUUUAAGUAAAAUUAAAAAAAAAAACUAUAUCGUAUUCACCAAUUAAUUAUA